AUGGUUACUGUAGCCAGCUAUUAUAAUGCUGUUCUCCAUCAUCAAAGAAUUAAGGGAGUCUCCCUGUUAGAGCUCUCCACAAAAUCCAAGCCGCUCUCCACGCUCGCCGCUUCGAGUGCUAUCGUUACGCCAGUCGUUGAAACUAAGGAACAUGUUCCGCCACCGUCUUCUACCUCUUUCGCACCUCUUGGUCUUGACCAGUCAGUCCGAUCAACCUGGGCUCAUCGGGCCUGGGUCGCACUUGGCUCUCUCUCUAUCAUCAUCGCCUUGACCAAUUCAGUCCUUGCUGCAGUCCAUUCCGGCACGAUCAUCAAACCCAUCCUCACCGUGGUCCUCGGAUACACUCUCGCGGACCUUGCUACAGGAAUUUACCCCUUUGCCAUAGACAACUAGCGACAGCCCGCCAACAACCUCUACGCCCUCGCUCGUGGGGCGUUCUUCGCAGUCAUCCCGUUGGAACUUGCAGUCGUCAGCACUCACGGCGAUGAAUCGACAGCUGCGGUGACCCACGCCUUUAUUGGCGUUUGUGCCUGGCUUCUCGUGCUGAGUCAGCAGUUCCACGCGUGGGCCCACAGGACUAAAGGGAGGGUGCCACGGUGGGUGGAGGCCCUACAGAGGGCAGGGGUGCUGAUUUCGAGAGAUAUGCACAGGGCGCACCACAAGAUGCCGUACAACAACAACUACUGCAUAGUGAGCGGGCUGUGGAACAAAUUGUUGGAUGACAAUAAGGUGUUUGAUAUUGUGGAGAUGGUCGUGUUCUUCGUGUUUGGGGUUAGGCCCAGGUCCUGGGGUGCGCCCACGGUGGAGUGGAUGGAGAAGAAGAAAGAAGAAGGCUAGAGGGUAGAGAGAUUGUGAAUCACACUAUGUGUAGUAAAAAUUGUACCUAUAUUAUUUGUAUAGAAGAGGUCAGGUUAUUGUUUAAGGAGACUAACUGGGAUCUCUCCUUUAUAGAAAUUGGGGGUAUUACUAAACUCACAAGAAAAAAUGUCACUUUAAGCACGCAAAAAAUGCAAUGUGUGGUAUAUUAUUUUAAUA